AUGUCUUCCAACGGAGCUGAACGCCUCAAGAACCGCAAGCCCAUCAAGAAGCCCGUCCCGGCUUACCUCCCCUCUCCCGGGUCGGUGCUCACCGUUGAUAAGGAUGCGUACACUGCCAUCCGGGAGGCGCCGAGGGAGUUGAUUGAGGAGUUUGUUCUGCCUAUCCGGUCCGGGAGGGCGUGGAAGGCCCCGGCGGGAUCGAUUGUCAAGAUCAGCACCCCAGAGGGUCCCCAGGUUGGUGACUUGAACCUUUGGAACCUUCAUAACCCUCGUGAGCGUUUCUGGGCUAGCCGCACCAAGCAGCUUCACGCCUCGCACGUUUCCACCUACGACCGCCUGUGGUCCAACCUCCCCUACAUGCGGCCCUUGGCUACUAUUCUCACCGACAGCCUGGACUGGUACGGCGAGGAUGAGCACGGCGGUCGUGUGCACGAUCUGCUUGGCACGCGCUGUGAUCCUUACAUCAACACUGUUCUGAGCGGCGGACAGUACAACUUCCAAUGCCACUCCAACCUCACCCGGGCUGUUCUUCCUUAUGGUCUGAACGAGCAGGAUGUGCAUGAUGUUAUCAACAUCUUCCAGGUUACGGGUCUGGAUGAGAAGGGACGAUACUUCAUGAACCCUUCGCCAGCUGAGCCUGGUGAUCACAUCGAGUUCCUCGCCGAGCAAGAUCUCUUGAUGGCGCUGAGCACAUGCCCUGGCGGCGAUCUCUCCCUUUGGGGCUUCGGAGCGGCUAGUGAGGAUGAGAUGAUCAAGUGCUGCCGUCCUCUCAAGGUCGAGGUGUAUCGUCUCAAGGAUGAGACUCUGCUGCAGAAGCAUGGAUGGAAGCCUGCUGAGGUGUCGGGCUAUGUUGGACGUCAUGGCAUGGAUGUUCCUCUCGGCGAGAAGAAGUAG